UUGGUUUCCUCUCGCACAGCAAUUUGUAUCGCACGAUGCCGAAAUACUACUGCGAUUACUGUGACACCUACCUUACGCACGAUUCACCGAGCGUCCGCAAAACACACUGCACCGGCCGCAAGCACAAGGACAACGUAAAGUUCUACUACCAAAAAUGGAUGGAGGAACAGGCGCAGCAUCUGAUCGACGCAACAACGGCAGCGUACAAAGCUGGCAAGAUAGCCCCGAAUCCAUUCACCACGGGUCCACCGAAGCCGAACAUUUCCAUCCCACCACCGACCAUGAAUAUGCCGCCUAGACCGGGUGGAUUGAUUCCUGGCAUGCCGGCUGGCGCUCCACCACUGCUGAUGGGCCCGAACGGACCACUGCCACCGCCGAUGAUGGGUAUGCGUCCACCGCCCAUGAUGGUACCGACGAUGGGUAUGCCACCGAUGGGAUUGGGCAUGCGACCACCGGUAAUGAGUACCGCACCGCCGCAGCUGAACCCGAAAAGCUAAA